AUGGCGUCGAUCACGUGUUCCUCCGAUCAACGUCUCUCCACAAGCAAAAGACGUUUAAAGCCGUUGAUGCUAAGAGAUUACUUACUCGAUGAUCUCAGUUCUUGUUCAUCCAACGGUUUCAAAUCAUUCCCACGUCGUCAAAGUCAAACCCCUUCAUCUUCAUCAUCAUCCACCGUUCGCCGUCUCAUCGACGCUGAGAUCAAACGGUCAGGAUUGAUCCAUCAUCAUCAUCACAAACCGUGUCUCACAAGAAGAACCCGAGGUACGACUUGCGGAACGGCGAUUAGUCACGCCGUUCAUAAAGCUUCGACGGCAUUUCUUAACGCCGUUAAACUUUUACCGUUCCCGUCCACCGUUACGACACGGAGGGGAGAUGAUCAGAAACAAGGCGGCGCUUUCUCUAGAAGCUUCUCUAAACGGCUUUUAAGCAAAAGCUUCUGGAGAAAACGGGUAAGUCUAUCUCGCCGUGAAGUAACCGUCGUUGAAGAUGACGGAGACGGAGAGAUCCAAUGGUGGAGAUCCGCCGCGUUUUUUCCGGACGAAGAACCGUUCGAUCUGAUCUCUCAGAUCUCAACUGUCGUCCCCGACGAAUCAACAUUCUCAAUCUCUCCAGAUGCGAUCACGCCGGUUGAGUUUAUCUCCGGUGAGUCGUCGAGUUCCGGUAGCGGGUUUUUCACGAACUCAUCAUCGUCGGAGGUUGUACAGUCGUCUUCUUCUUCGUCAUCGUUCGCAUCGACGUCGGAAUCUGAAGUAGUGUCAAACGAAAACGACGCCGUGGAAGACGGAAUUGAGAGUUUAAACGCACGUGACCGUGACGGAACAUCUGUCAACCGCAACAGCCUGUGUAACAGAAAGGAAUGUGUGAACGAAGAAAAGGAACAACUUAGUCCAGUGUCAAUCUUAGAAUGCCCUUUUGAAGACGAUGAAGAUCAUGAUGAUGAAGACGAUGCAAUCACUGAUCUUAUUUCACACAAUAAUGAUACAUAUGAGAAUAUUGCAAGGAAAAGCAAAAGAUUAAAUGGGUUGGUACAGAUUGAGCCACUAGACUUGGAGAAACGCAUAGAGAAGUAUGUAGAACGGCAUGAAGAGUACCCAUAUUACACAGUAGAAACCGAAGAGGACGAAUCAGAAAACCGAGCAAACUGCUUGUUUGCUCUUGUGAAAUCGAGAAUCGGCGAAACAAACAACAUACUAGCUUCUAGCGUAGCAGAUAAUCUACUGUUAGAUUUUCUCCAAGAAGACAAUAUUGGGGCAAAAGAGGAGAGAUUAAUGGUGAAGAAAGUAGAAGACUGGGUGAUGGGUAGACAAGAAGAGAUGUUUAUGAGUUGGGAAGUGAGAGAGAAGAGAGAGGUUUACGUGAAAGAAAUGAAAUGGGGUUGCGUUAAUGGAGAUGGGAGAGAGUGUGUAAUUGAAGAUUUGGCUAAUGGGAUCUUCACUUUCUUGGUGGAUGAAUUCAUCAUCGACUUAAUUUCGUAG